UUGGGACCAUGGCUAUUGACUGGAUUGGUUUUGCCUAUGCUGCAUUGCUGGCUGUUGGAGGUAUUGUAGGAUACACUCGUAAAGGUAGUAAAAUCUCUUUAGCUGCUGGUCUUACCUGUGGUUCUGUGGCUGGUUAUGGAGCUUACUGUGUAACACGUGAUCCAAGAAAUGUGAAGAUAUCAUUGUUUUCAGCUUUUCUUUUGACCAUCAUAAUGGGAAUGAGGUUCAAGAGGUCCAAGAAAUUAAUGCCAGCCGGACUAGUAGCAUGCCUGAGCCUUUUGAUGAUUUUGAGGCUUGUUUUUAUGCUGCUGUAGGAGAAUUCAGCAGCUUAAGAACCGAAGUAUGACUGCCAU